AGUCACCCAUUAUUAAUUAGAAGCUGAAUUACAUCACACACGUUGUAAGUAUUACUGUCUCGCCAAGACGAUAUAUCACAAUAACAGUUGAUACUGAUCAUUAGUCCCGGAUUAUGCAUAGAAACACUCCCAAUCAAAACAUACAAAUUGACUAAAAGUUUUAUUAAUAGAAUUUUUCUUCACCUAUUUGGGAAUUCCGUGUUAUUACUUCUUUCUUUCUUUAAUUAUUUUAUUCUUUAAUAUUUCACUCUAUAUUCCACUAACGUAUACGGUGGAAGGAGUAGUUUUGGUUUAUUAGCCUCAGUUACUUAAUAUCUGCCUUCUGCUACUUUUAAGUUUUAUAGUACUUUAAUACUAUUUAAACUCUGCCAGAAUGGGUGUAAUCGAAAAGCAGAGAUUGUCUAAGUUCCCCAUAAGCCAUGCACCUCAAAGUUCACUUGGGGAAAGUGAAUUUCUGACUGGUGGUUCGGAAUCCUCACAUACUUCUGCUGAAUCCGAAUCUUCCACCACCUCCAGUCAUCACUAUACUCAUCGUGCUGCCGGUCCUCAAUACCAGCCACAACUGUUUCAUCAUCAGAUGUAUAAGAGUCAGAAUAAUAGUCCUAUACCUUCACCAUCUAGAUCUCCAGCUGGUAAAUUGCAUUCUUCACCUCAUUCGCUCAGAGCUCAACAUCAGCAACAGUAUAUGUUGAAUUCCACUUUAUCACCUCCAGGACAUUUACUUCGCCACACCAGAACCACUUCAGAUUCAAAUAAUUCAUUCAACGAUGAUUCAUUUGUAGUUCAACAACCUCAAAGAUCAUCUCGUUACGUAUCAAAUACUACUAAUGAAGAUGAAGAUGAAGAUGAUGAGGACGAAGAAGAAGACGAUGACGAUGAUGAUCAGUCUGUGUCUACUGCUUCUACAGCUUCAUCUUUCCAACCUCAACAGCAUCCAUACUAUGAACAAUACAAGCAAUACUAUGCAUCUUUAGCUCAACAACAACAAAUGUAUAGAGGUCAAUUCCCCAUGUAUCCUAUGACACCAGAAUACAUGUAUCCAAAUAUGCCAUACAAUCCAUACAUGUAUGGUCAAUAUGGUAUGCAAAUGCCAGCCAUGCAACCUCAAUAUCUGAGUCAUCACAUGCAACAAGUCCCACAAUCACAACAAUCACCACAAGCUAACUAUCCAUAUAAUCAGCAUAAAAACGCAUCUAAGGUCUCUAUUUCCACCUCUAGUGAUAUUCUCGAACCACAUCAACCAAAAGAAGAUAACCCAGAACAAUAUUUAAAAACUUUGAAAGUAAGACAAAUCAAAACUACAAAGGAUGAUAACGAAUUGAUUUCCAAUUCUAGAAAAUCAUUAAUCAGAUCUAAUAGAUAUCCUUCCGAACCUAUAUCUUUACAUCUGAGAGUAGAAUCAUCAGGAAGUAUCCCGGCAUCUACAAGAAUCUCUUCACUUGCAUCUAAUUUUAAAUCUAAUGAAACCAAGCAAGAGGAAGAAGGUAUAGAUGAUGAGGAAGAUACUGAACUUUACGACAAUGACGAUACAGAAAACAAUUUACAAAAUAAUGAAACUUUUACUGAACAGAGAGGUGUAAGAUUUGCUGAAGAUGAAGAAAAUAUUGAUGAACAAGUCAAAGAAGAGUCCCAUAAUCAAGAACCUACCACCAGUCAAGGUUUACCAACAUCAGAAUCAGUAGCCUUUGCAUUACUGGAUUUACAAUUAUCUAGAAAGGAAAAAGAUAGAUAUGUUUCCGACUAUAUGAAAUUGUUUGAUGAAGAAGAAAGCGAUCAAGAUGUCAAAAAGGAACCAGUCUCUCAAUUCAUUGAAGAUGAUUUACUGAAUAAAGAUUUGGAAUCAGCACGUACAUCUAACGAAUCAAAUGAAUUCCUUUCCAGAAAGCAUUCUACUACUUCAGACUCUUCUGUUGGAUCAAUUCAAAGUGAAUCUCAUUUCAAAGUAGCACAACCAGAUGAAGUUGCCAGUAUCAUUCAGGUAACUAAGGCCCAACCUUCAGAAACUCCAAAGGGAGUUACUCCAGAACAAGAAAAACCAAUUAAACAGAAAAAGAAGAAGUCUUCUCCACAAACUCCUAACUUGGUACAAAACUAUAGUCCUCGUCAUUAUGGAUCACCUACGCCUACACCAGGACCUCAAGAACAUAUGAUGAUGAAUCAAAUGAUGGCUAACCCAAUGAUGGAGCAACAAAUGUAUCCUGAUAACAGAAUGAGUAUGAUUGGUAUUGAUAGCAAUAGAAAUUCCAUGAUGAUGUCUCCACCACCAUUAAUGAAUCACAGAGGCUCUAUGGCAUUUUUACCACAAAUUCCACAGUUUCAACCUUUACCUCCACCUGCAAUCCCCAAAGUUUCUGAUAGUACAAUUAAUAGAAAGAUACAAGAAUUUGUUAAAUUACGUCUUUCUAUUAGAUCAGGAAAUAAAUCUAUUGAAAAUAGAAUUAAAUGGGUUAAAGCAUUAAUUGCAGCUACAAACUAUAAGUUAUAUUCCUUCAUCAAUGUUAAGGGAGAAGCCAUUCCACCAGAAUAUUCCGCUUCAAGUAAGGCCAUAUUUGUCAGUGAAGCUAUUAAACAUCUCACUCGAUUAUUAAGAGAAAUUGAAUCUAAUAAUAAAGCUUCAGAAGAAUGUAAAAGAGAUACUUACUAUAUUUAUGGUUGUUUAUUAAAAUAUGAUUAUGAUGCUUUAUACAAUCAGAACUUCAAUAUUGCUAAAAAUAUAGAAGAAUCUAUUCAAUACUUUGAAAAGUGUUUAGAACUUAAUCCCAAUGAUCAUGAAGCUCUUUAUAAAUUAGGGGACAUUUAUGAGUUUGAUUUCACUGACGAUUUUGAAAGAUCUUUAAGUUACUAUAAGAAAUCAGCUAAGUUAGGUUAUAAUAGAGCCAUUUAUAAAGUUGCUAUGCUUUAUCUUGAAGUUCCACCAAUUAGAUCACUUAAAUAUUUCCGAUAUUUACGUGACUUAUCUGCCAUUGAUUUGAAUGAAAUCGUGGAAGAAGAAAGGGAUGAAUUUAGUGAAGUUAUUGGAUUAGCAUUAUAUCAACUAGGUAAAAUUUAUGAAGGAAAGUAUCCAGGAGAUUUAAAAUUAGAUGAUGAAUUUAUUAUCAAAUCAUUAGAAUUAGCUCCUGUGAAUUAUUCCAAGAGUUUAACUUACUAUAAUAAAUCAGCAAAAUUAAAUUGUUUAUUAGCUCAAGUUAAAUUAGGGAGUGUUUAUGAAUUAGGAGAAUUAAACAGACAAAAGAAUGCUAACAAAUCCAUUCAAUGGUACUUGAAGGCUGCUACAUCACCAUUAUCAUUUAGAAGACAUCCCCAAGCUAUGCUUGGAUUAUCACGAUGGAGUUUAGUAGGAUCUCAAGGUUUAUCUAAACAUAUUCCACGACCCGAUCCAGAACGAGCCGUCAUGUGGUGUGAUAGAGCCAUUGAAGAAUUUGAAGCUCCAGAAGCUUAUUAUUUUAUGGGAGAAUUAAGUUCAAUGGGAUUAAGUACGGUUAGUCCCGAAGUUUGGUAUACAAAAGCAUACGAAUUGGGGUAUACAGAGGCUGCAAAAAAGAUUGGAGUUUGAAUCCUAAACCAGAUUUUAUAUAUUACAUACAUUUAGGCAUAUUUUUUAUUUAACAUUACAUGCAUUUAAUUUAAUUUAUUACUUUUUUAAUUUAUUAAUUAGUAGUAAAGUGUAGUUUAGGGUUAAUUGCAUCAAUUUAAAG